AUGUCAAUCGGCGGCCCUUGUCUCUGGGUGCCUUCUUUAUCCUCGCCGGUUCCCUCGCCCCUAUCGGCUGUCUCUUCCCAUUUUUCGGCCAUUAGUCGUCACGGAGAGCGGGUUUCUUCGCUUCCACGAACUUCCUCGCCACAGUCGACGUUUCCAAGGGAACUAGCACUGGACAUUUCUUCCUUGAGACGGUCUGCUGAGAUGCAACGAGCUGGUGCAAAGGCUGAGAAUGCCUCCACCACACCAGUACCUUCGACUACAGCCUCUUCAGCCACGUACGGGGGAGAAAUCCCACCGCACAGUUCAUUUAACCCAGCAUCCGGAACAGGAAGAGAUGACGCUCUUCCACGAGUGAAGCUGGAGAUUCCUGGGAGAAGUUAUACCGACUUCUCGAUGUCCUCUUCUCAAGGCGGGUCCAGUCAUUUGGGAGAGAUGUCGGAUGCGUCUCAGCUAGGUCUUGAUUCGAAAGACGAGCACGAGCAUGACAGAGAUUCUACGGUCAGCCCUUCCGAUGAGAGGGGCGAUACUUUAGAUGGUGAUGAUAGUAAGUCACCAUCGCUGGAAAAGAAAAAGAUGAAACGAUUUAGAUUAACGCACAAUCAAACUCGCUUUCUUAUGAGUGAGUUUACUCGUCAGGCUCAUCCGGAUGCUGCCCACCGAGAACGUUUGUCGAGAGAAAUUCCUGGCUUGACGCCACGUCAGGUCCAAGUUUGGUUCCAAAACAGACGAGCAAAGUUGAAGCGCCUUACUACGAAUGAUCGUGAGAGAAUGCUCAAGUCGCGAGCACUGCCAGAUGACUUCGACACAACGAAGGUUCUACGCACCCCCUUUGAGAGCAAGUCGACCGGUCAAACCCCCGUGGCAUCACCCCAUGACUACGGAGUCCCGAAUCCAGAUUUUGCAGCAUUGCGAACUCUACGGACAGACUGCUUCCAACGUCCGAAUGAGGAGGACUACCUUGUCUCGCCGCUUAGCUCUGCCUCCACUGCAGGUACCUACAUGUCCUCUGCUGGGCAGGGGCGUACGGAUGGCUUACCCCAGCCCUCUAUUAUGUAUGGACGUCCCAUGGCAUCUUCAUCCAUGUCUGAUCUACACAGAACGAUUCGAAGUGAUUACUCCAUCACCCGGUCUAGCAGCGUGUCCGAUGCGUCUUCUCAGCCCCCGUCAUUUCACCCGGGGAUGCAACUUCACAAUAGGUUCACUCCAACCUCGAACCAGCCCGGUAUGCCUUAUGGUCGCCAACCAAUGGAAUAUGGUGUCCCACGACACCCAGGUACAAUGAUGACAGGCUACGACCAGUCGCAAUCAUUUGAAGGUUCGGUUUCGCCCACUGACUCGCAGGGCAACCAAAUGCCCUAUGAAUUGGGCAGCAUCGGUUUGUCCAUCUUUACCCCCAGAAAGCCAAGGCUGAAGUCUAACUCGUGGGUUACCAGGCACCCAACCCCCAAAUUACCAGUCCCAACUAGCAAUGUCUGGAAUGAAUUCGCAAAUGCCACAUGGGAGACCAAUGCCCUCCCUGCAAUCUCUACCUGUCUCAACGCCACAGGAAUACAGACCUUACCCCUACGCUCAUCCCUCGGGACCUAUGGGCACAGUUCCCUUUACACAAUCCAACUCCUCAACGCUGAGCCUCCCCACCUCCUUCGCUCCAUCCGAACCCGGAGCCGCUGCCCAAGAUCACAUGCAGCAAAACCAGCCACAUCUAGAUUCCUUCCGAUCCAAAUUCAGCAACCAACCCUUCAACUACUCGAGCUACAUCCAACAAUAAUGAGAUGA